AUGCAAGUUACGACUGUUCGACUUUACGACGUGUUCGACAGUUUUCCCCGCCAGCUGUUGGCAGCGCCUGUUUCCCGCAGUCCCAAGUCUCGCUAUGCAGCAGACAGAAAUAGAAUUCGUGAAGCUGUGAAAGGUUCUGCACCUUUGCGAUCAACAGUGAUUACGAAGCAACGUACCGGGUCCAUCCAUGAAAUGAAGAAAUUGUUAAACAUUUGGAUGCAAGAUCAGAUUCAAAAGUGGACGCCGUUAAGCCUCUUUACAAUACAGUCAAAGGCUAGAAGUCUGUUUGAGACUUUAAAGGAACGCGCCGGAGAAGACUACAGUCAAGAAUUUGUGGCAAGUACUGGUUGGUUUAAGAGGUUUAAGAAAAGAUUCCAGUUGCAUAAUGUUCGAGUGACUGGAGAAGCAGCGAGUGCAGAUGAGGAAGUAACUAGUAAGUUUGUCUAUAGUUUAGACGAAAUAAUUAAGAAUGAGGGUCAUCUCGCAGAGCAGAUUUUUAAUGUGGAUGAAACAGGGUUAUAUUGGAAGCAGAUGCCAGGACGCACUUACAUCCACAAAGAAGCCAAAAGCAUGCCAGGAUUUAAAGCACACAAGGACAGACUGACUCUGCUGCUUGGCAGAAAUAUCGCGGGGUUCAAGCUGAAGCCCUUCCUAAUUUAUCAUUCCGAAAAUCCAUGUGCAUUUAAGAAUGUGAACAAGCACACUUUGCCAGUUUAUUAUAGAUCAAACCGUAAUGCCUGGAUGAACCAGGCUUUAUUUGAGGAUUGGUUCAGUAAUUGUUUCAUUCAUCAAGUGCGUGAGUACUGUUUGGAGAGAGGAAUUCCCUUCAAAAUUUUACUGUUGCUCGAUAAUGUGCCUGGACAUUCAUGUCACUUAGCUGAUCUCUAUCCCAAUGUGAAAGUGUUUUUUUUGCCCCCAAACACUACUCCACUUAUUCAACUGAUGGAUCAAGGUGUGAUUGCUACAUUAAAGGCAAACUAUCUCAGAACCACCUUCGCCCAAGCCAUAGCCGCUAUAGAUGCCGACCCGGAACUAUCACUACGCGAGUUUUGGAAACAGUAUAAUAUUCUUAAGUGUAUAAAGAAUCUUGUUACCGCGUGGGACUCUGUGACGGAAAAGUAUAUGAAUGGCGUAGGGAAGAAGUGUGUUAAGCGUUAUGUGAAUACUUUUGCUGGAUUUAACAGUGAACAAGAACUUUAUGAGAUUCGUGAAGAAAUUGUGAAACUGUCAAAAGACCUUUCAUUAGAAUGUGAAAUGGAAGAUGUCGAGGAGUUGCUAGACCGGGAAUCAGGUGAACUUACGAAUGAAGAGCUGAUAGAAUUGGAAGAAGAAAGAGUGGCAGAAGAAGAAACAAGAGAAUUGGAGAAAGACGAAGAGGAGGAGGCGCCGCAACGAAUGUUCACCACAAAGGGAUUGUCAGAAGGUUUCUCUCUACUGAAUAAACUCCUCGUUCAUUUUGAAAAAAUGGACCCAAAUAUUGAACGAUUUACGAGGAUUGAACGGAUGGCACGCAACACAUUUCGUCCUUAUUGCGAAAUUUAUGAAGAAAAAAAAAACCAAACAAUUCAGACGAAGCUCACUAUGUUUAUGAAAAGAGCAACUCCUCCCAUCACCCUGUCCGCAGCCUCGCCUGAUGAAGGCGAUAUCAACAACCCGCAGCCAAGUACCAGUGGUGCCAGGAGUUAA